AUAUUAGACUAUUUUUCGACCAAAUAAUUUCAUCACUCUCUCUCCAUUUUCCAUUUUCUGGUGGCAGAGUCGGGUUGGUAAACCUCCCACUUCAGAUAGAGAGUCAGUCUAACAACAACCAUCGCCAACAAAAGCCCCCCAUCUUCCAAUUCCCGCAAAUCCCAUUUGAGAAAGUUAGGAGUACGAGGGAGAGAGAGGGAGAGAAAUGGCUCAAGUUAGCAGAAUCUGCAAUGGGCGAUCUCAUAACACCCAAGUUUUUCUCAAUAAUUCUAAAUCCCACAAACCCAAAUCUGUGGAUUCUCUAACUUUCAGGUCACAGUUCUUGGGCGGCUCCAAAAAUUCUUUGACUUUGAAGCACAAGAAUGCGUGCUUGAUUAGUACUGGUAGAGUUGGUACAGUUAUGGUCUCAGCUUCGGUUGCCACAACAGAAAAGCCGUCUACGGCGCCAGAGAUCGUCUUGCAACCCAUCCAAGAGAUCUCCGGUACUAUCAAGUUGCCGGGGUCCAAGUCGCUGUCAAACCGGAUUCUGCUCCUGGCUGCUCUCUCUGAGGGAACAACUGUUGUAGACAACUUGUUAGAUAGUGAUGAUAUUCAUUACAUGCUCGGUGCAUUGAGAACCCUUGGGCUAAGUGUCGAAGAGGACAAGGCAGCUAAAAGAGCAAUUGUGGAAGGCUGCGGUGGUUUAUUUCCAGUGGGCAAAGAAUCGAGGGAUGAAAUUCAACUUUUCCUUGGAAAUGCAGGAACAGCAAUGCGUCCACUGACAGCUGCAGUUGUUGCUGCUGGUGGAAAUUCAAGUUACGUACUUGAUGGGGUGCCCCGAAUGAGAGAGAGACCAAUUGGGGAUUUGGUUUCUGGUCUUAAGCAGCUUGGUGCUGAUGCUGAUUGUUUUCUUGGCACAAACUGUCCUCCUGUGAGAGUGAUUGGAAAGGGGGGGCUUCCAGGGGGUAAGGUGAAGCUCUCUGGGUCAAUUAGUAGUCAAUACUUGACUGCUUUGCUUAUGACUUCUCCUUUGGCUUUGGGAGAUGUGGAAAUUCAGAUAGUUGACAAACUGAUUUCCAUUCCAUAUGUUGAGAUGACUUUGAAGUUGAUGGAACGAUUUGGAGUCACAGUAGAACAUACUGAUAGCUGGGAUCGGUUCUUGAUCCGAGGUGGUCAAAAGUACAAGUCUCCUGGAAAUGCUUAUGUCGAAGGUGACGCUUCAAGUGCUAGUUACUUCCUAGCUGGUGCAGCAAUCACUGGGGGAACUGUUACUGUUGAAGGUUGUGGGACAAGCAGUUUGCAGGGAGAUGUCAAAUUCGCUGAAGUUCUUGAGAAGAUGGGUGCUGAAGUUACCUGGACGGAGAACAGUGUCACCGUCACUGGACCACCACGAGAUUCUCCCAGAAGAAAGCACUUACGAGCUGUCGAUGUCAAUAUGAACAAAAUGCCAGAUGUUGCCAUGACUCUUGCUGUAGUUGCCCUUUUUGCUGAUGGACCCACUGCCAUAAGAGAUGUGGCAAGUUGGAGAGUAAAAGAGACAGAACGGAUGGUGGCCGUCUGCACAGAACUCAGGAAGCUGGGAGCGACAGUUGAAGAAGGACCAGAUUACUGUGUGAUCACGCCCCCGGAAAAACUCAACGUGACAGCUAUAGACACAUAUGAUGAUCACAGAAUGGCCAUGGCAUUCUCACUUGCUGCCUGUGGAGAUGUUAGUGUCACCAUCAACGACCCAGGUUGCACCAAGAAAACAUUCCCAGACUACUUUGAAGUCCUCCAGAGGUUUACAAAGCAUUGAACAACUCUUCUAAAUAAAAAUGUGCCCAUCAGCCAUAACAAAAAGAAGCAGGGAGCUAACUCCCCUUAUUUUUCUAUAUUUCUUCGUAUUUUUUAUGAUUUAUAUUUGUAAGUCAAGAUUCCAAUAACUAGUUUGUUUUUGGGUAAUUGAGCUUGUUUGUACGACUGUAACGUAAACUAUGGAUCUAUUAUUUUAGGAGACUGAGUAUGAUUGUGGAAUAUUCGGUGUUCGAACCUAUAAUUUAUGAGAUAUGGAUCUAUAAAAUCGUUUAUCCA